UUGUAACAUAUUACUAGAACCGCUAGACCAAUAGCAUUCCGAGUUAUGCUGGGCAGUGGGCGGGACUUCACAGGGUGGCGUUACGCUGACGGCCAGCAGAGGGCGGCACCACAGUUACGCACCACUUAUAUUAUCCAUCAAGAAGAAAAAAAACGACACAGCAGUGUUUAUGUGGGCCCAACUCGAUGUUUGACCCAGUUUGUUUUGAUCCUUGUCCGGGGCGUCAUCAAUCGGAUAAUCACCAUCAUGUUCUAGACAACACUUAACUAACGUUUGAUAUCUGACCCCCGGCUUCGAGUCCGACGUAAGACAUGAAGAAAUACAUGGAGCGAUGGAGAGUAGAUUCUGUGUUUUGAGCGACACCGAAGACCUCCGCGCGCUCAUUUCGCACAGUGAGAACAAUCUCCACUUCGAAAGGUCUAAGACUCUGUUCGAAGAGAUCCGUGCCUCCAUCAACAACAACGAGGAAGAGGACCGCUCCUUCUGGAGGCCCGUGCUGCCUUGGGGGGGCGUGUUCACCAUCAAGGCGGGUCGGAAGGCCAUCUCGUGCACUCCGCUGUACGUCACGAUCAACCUAAAAAACACGUGCACCAUCGACGGCUUCUUGGUGAUCCUGUACGUGAUCCUGCGGGACAACCAGGGCUUCCCCCGGGAGCUGGCCGUCUUCCUGGGGAAGCACUUCGUGGAGUGCUUCCUCCGCCUGAUGGACUCCUGCGACUACACCACCGUGAAGAUGCUCUGGAUCUGGGACCGGAUGUCCAGGAGACAGUACCGCUCCGAGAUACGCAAGGCGGCGCUGGAGAUCGACCUGUUCGGUAACGAGCACGACAAUUUCACGGAGAACCUGGAGGACCUCAUGGCCACCAUGCAGGAGAGCCUGUGCACCAGCUGCAGCUGCCCGGCCCGCUUCCGGGAGUUCAUCAAGACCACCAUCGACAUCAGCCCGCCUCAUGAGGUGCCCCUCAGAGACCCCGUCCAGUCGGCCGCGGACGAGUUCUCCUGCCCCAAACUGCUACACUGCUCCGAGCUGGGGUGUGAUGGUCUCAGGGAGAUCUCCCAGAGGGCCUUCUGCCACGGACCCCCGCCCUUCGUCAUCCUCAACAUGCAGCAGUGGAAGUCCGAGGAGCUGUCCUACGUCCCUUACCACCUGGCUCUCUGCCAGCACAGGUACCUACUAGAGGGAGCCACACUCUUCAACAAGGAGGAGCACCACUACUCGGCCGCCUUCCAGAUCGACGGCUGCUGGAUGCACUACGACGGCCUGAGGAGCGACAAUCUGAUCCUGUUACACAAGCCGCCGGAGCUGCUGCUGCUGUCCUCGCUGGUCUACGUCCGCGCCGCCGACAAGUGAAGACUCGCCGCCCCCCCCCCCGGUGGAUUGCACCGUCCGCGUUUCUCUGCCCGUCGCGUAAUCCGCUUUCAUUUUCAUGCUCCGCGUCACCCGAAUGCUUGCAGAAAGCUUAAAUGCACAAAUCUGUUUGUUUUUUUUUGGGGGGGGGGGGGGUAGCACGCUUGGAAUCCAAGAAUAUAAUGAAUGGGCUAUAAUAGUUCUGUAAUAAAUGAGCGGUAGUGCACAUCGCAGGCAUUCGGCAGUUAGCCGACAUACGAGAGGAAUCGACGUCAUAAAAAGCAUCGUGGCUGUAUGAGAUGAUCCGACCUGUUAAUGAUCCUCUCGUUAAAACUGGUGCGAGCAGGAAACCACCAACGUCCACGUCAGGUUAACUUGUUUUUCUCUGAGAUGUUUGAAUUGGAGGAAAGCAGGGAUUCAAAUGAAUGAAUGAACGUGAAAGUACAAAGUUGUAUUCGUGAGUGCACACGUGUCCGGAUUGCAAAACUAACGUCAUAAAGCUUCCCAUUUUUAAAAUAUCUGAAGUUCGAGGGCAGUCUGGAAUUUCUAUUUUGAUUUUGACUGCCUAAAUAAGACUGCAGUCACACACAGGAAACUGGAUUCUUUUUUUUUAACAGUACAUUUCAACCUUGGUUUGGUACCAAAGUGCCUCUGCUGGAUCAUUUGAGGAAGCAGAUCCUCUCCAGUGUAAAUCCAUGGUUUUU